AUGAGUUACCCGGUGGACACGAUAGGGAGCCCGUUUAGGAGAAGUAUGGAUACUAGGACGACCAGCUACGGCUACAGCCGCUCCAGCGGCACCCCCUCCAGCGGCUUCCGCUCCCAGUCUUGGUCCCGGGCAAGUCCCGGCUCCACCAUGACCACAUCCUACAAGAGGAGCGUGAAUAUGCCGGUGUCCCGAGCUUACAGCUCAACGGUGCUCAGCUCCGCCGACAGCGUUGAUUAUAGUCAAACCUCCAUCCUGAACGGAGACUACAAGCGAUCUAAUGAGAAAGAGCAACUCCAGGGGCUCAACGACCGGUUUGUUGUUUACAUUGAUAAGGUGCACUACCUGGAGCAGCAGAACAAGCAGAUCGAGGCGGAGAUCCAGGCACUGCGGCAGAAGCAGGUGUCGCGCUCCCAGCUGGGCGACCUCUACGACCAGGAGCUGCAGGAGUUGCGCUCCAUGCUGGAGCAGAUCCACCAUGACAAGGCGCAAAUUCAGCUCGACACCGACCAUAUCGAGGAGGACAUCCAGCGGCUCAGGGACCGCCUUGACGAAGAAGCUCGGAUCCGAGAGGAGACAGAGGCCAUUAUCCGCGUCCUGAAGAAGGACACGAACGACUCGGAGUUGGUGAAGUCCGAGUUGGAGAAGAAAGUUCAGUCGCUGCAGGAUGAGAUCGCCUUCAUCCGCAAUAACCACGAGGAAGAGGUGAGCGACCUCAUCGCCCAGAUCCAGGCGUCUCAGGUGACCGUGGAGAGGAAAGACCUCCAGAAGGCAGAUAUCACCGAGGCGCUCCGGGAGAUCCGCUGCGAGCUGGAGGGCCACUCCAAACAGAACCUGCAGCAGGUGGAGAGCUGGUUCAUGUGCCGCUACGCCAAGCUCACCGAGGCUGCGGAGCAGAACAAGGACGCCAUAAAGUCCGCCCGUGAUGAGAUAGCCGACUACCGCCGCCAGCUGCAGUCCAAGACGGUGGAGUUGGAGUCUGUCCGCGGGACGAGAGACUCGCUGGAGAGGCAGCUGAAUGACAUCGAGGACCGCCACAACAGCGAUCUGGCCAGCCUGCAGGAGACAAUUCACCAGCUGGAUAAUGAGCUCAAGAGCACCAAAUGGGAGAUGGCUCGUCACCUGCGUGAGUACCAGGACCUGCUCAAUGUCAAGAUGGCCUUGGACAUUGAGAUUGCUGCAUACAGGAAACUCCUCGAGGGCGAGGAGACCCACUUUAGCACUUUCCCGUAUCGCCAGGCAGUCACCUCCACCAAGAUCUCUAAGCCGAAAUCAGAAACUACCAAGCUGAAGGUGCAGCACAAGUUUGUGGAGGAGGUCAUUGAGGAGACGAGGGUGGAGGACGACAAGUCUGACAUAGACGAGGACCUGGCAGAGAUAGCACAAGAGCUCUCUGCCAAGCUCGGAGAGGGAGAGGAGGAGGGAGAGGAGGAGGAGGCGGGAGAAGAAGCAGGAGAGGGAGAGGAAGCAGAGGGUGAGGGCGAAGAGGGAGAGGGCGAAGAGGAGGAAGUUGUAGCCGCCAGUGAAGCCAAAGUUAGCUCUAGUGCACCCACUAAGGAGGAAGAGGAGGAAGAGGAAGGAAAAGGCGGUGAUGAGGAAGAAGAGGGGGAGGGAGAGGGUGGUGAGGAAGGAGAGAAGGAAGAAGAAGGUGAGGGAGAGGAUGAGGGAGAAAAGGGGGAUGACGCAGAGGGAGGGGAUGAAGGAGAAGGAGAAGGAGAAGAGGGAGGAGAGGAGGAGGAAGUUGAGGAGACUGUGUUGUGCACAAAAACUCCCGAGUCUAAAGCCUCUCCUGACAAAGAGAAGGCCACAGACAAGGAAGGCAGCGGAGGAGAGGAGGAAGCCGCCGCUGAAGAGGAGGGUGGCGAUCAGGACGAAGAUGCAGGCAGUGACAAAGCAUCCAAAAGCGGUGAUGAGAAAGAGGAAAAAGAGGAUACAGACAAAGGCAAAAAGGAAGACAGCGAAAAAGAUGAGAAGAAGGUGAAAGAUGAGAAAGCAGAGGACAAAUCAGAAGAAGAAGAGGCUGCCAAAACAGAGGCAUCAAAACCUGAGUCCCCAAAGCCUGCAUCCCCCAAGUCUGAAUCACCUAAACCUGAGUCUCCUAAAUCUGAAUCUCCCAAGCCUGCAUCACCCAAGUCUGAGUCCCCCAAAGAAGGCUCACCGAAGGCUGGAUCCCCAAAACCCAGCUCCCCAAAAGCUGAGUCCCCAAAGUCAGAAUCCCCGAAACAUGAAUCUCCAAAAGCUGAAUCCCCAAAGACAGAGACCGCCAAGCCUGAGGCUCCUAAGGCUGCUGAAGAGAAAUCUGAGAAAAAGAGUGACUCAACAGAAGACAAAACAGUACAGAAGAAGGAUGUUGCCAUGAAUGGCGACAUAGACAAGAGCAGCCCAGAAGAGAAAGAGAAGAAGGACGAGGAGAAGGAAGCCGACGUGAUCGCCAACGGCGUGGACGAGAGCCCGGUGAAGGAAGAUGGCAGCCAGAAGGUGGUCAUCACCAAAACCGUGGAGACGAUCACCACCGGUGAGGACGGAUCCAAGCACAUCACCAAAUCCGUCACUGUAACCGAGACAGUGAAGGAGGUGGAGGAGAUGGAGCAGGUGAUGCAGGAGAAGCUGGUGACCACCAAGAAGGCGGAGAAGCACUCCACCCAGUCCAUCAAGCAGGUGACCGAGGGCGACUGA